AUACGAAAAAUUUGUAUAUAUGCAUGUGGAUUUCUAUUUAGCUUAGCUGCAUGUUAGUAUAUACAAAUAAAAAAAAAAGUAUUUUAAUGGAUUAUUUAAUGUUAGUUUGAGAAGUGAAAAAUGAAAUUGAAAGCAAAAGCCAUGCUAGGGAAAAUGGGAAAGAGAGAUAAAAUAUUGUUCUUGUUGAAGAAGCAGAAGCAGCAGAUUAUAGUUAUAAUGUACAUGGAGAUAAGAGCUACUAGAAAAGGGAAAAACUUCUCUUCUAUACUCUUCCUUUUUCUCCUUUUCAUUUUUGUACUCUUUGUUCUUUAAACCAUUUUACAAUCAACCCAAAGAAUUCAACUUUAAUCCUUUUUUUGUGUUUUCUUGAUCUGGAUUCUUUUGUUUUGACACUUUUCUGCUUGUGGGGUUCUUGUUUUUUGGGGUUUUAGUAAGUUUUACUAGUUUAUUUGGGUACCAAGCUCUGGAUUUUGUGUUUCUUGAAACUUUUCUGCUUGUGGGGUUCUUGUUUUUUGGGGGUUUGGUAAGUUUAACUAGUUUAUUUGGGUACCAAGCUUUGGAUUAUGUGUUUCUUGUAAUGAAAAAUUGGAUCUUGGGAACUAUUGUUGAAGAUUCUGGGAUUGGUUGAGCUUGUGUGUUUAGGUUUGAAUUUCUAUAGAUUGGUCAAAAGCACUUUAAUUUCAUUCCUUAUUUGUUUUUCAAGAUUUUACACUUCCUAGUCAAUGCCAUUGGUGUACAUACCAUACUUGGUGUCACUCUAAACUACUGUAAUCUGUUUUCCUCCUUUCCAAUAUUUAGUGAUUUCUGGGGGGAUCCUUCUUUUUUUUUUUCUCAUACAUUCUUUAAAAGAAAAAAAAAUACUACUACAUGUAAAUUGCAGAAAGGAAAAAGGAGAACCCACCAUUUUUUUGUUGUGUGGUUUAAUAGUUUCAUUGUGUUUAGAUACAGAUUAGGAGAAAAAGUUAAAAACUUUGAUAAGUUGAGGCAGAAUUGGUUAUCAUUCUUGGUGGGGGUUUACUCAUUACUGUCAGUCUAUGGGAGUACUACCUGAAAGUUUAAUUCUUAAUUUGAUUGAGAAAGUUAAAUCUUGGAUUUCGUGGGGAACGAGUGGAUUAAAUAUGGAUGUUGACAGUGGAAAAACCUGUUGGGAAUGCAAGAUGAAGUUUACUGGUUCUUGCAACAAGUACAAUUGCCAAAUUUGCAAUGGAGUUUUCUGUGGUGAUUGUUGUAUGCACACUCAUGGAUCUUUGGAUGUUGUUGCAUCUGGAUCAGAAGGGAAAGUAGUUGAUAUUAAGUCUUGCAAGUUUUGUUCUGAGUUAAGGACUUGGAAUAAUGGUGUUGGGAAGUAUAAAGACCAAAAUUAUCCUUUUGAGUCUCCUAGAGAAAGCACAGAAUCAACAUCACCAAAUUUCAAUAGUGACAGAUUUGAUGGUUAUUCUUCACAUACACCAGUUAAGAGUAGUUUUACAACCUUUUCAAGCCAUCCGUCUCCGAUAUCUCUACGUCACUCGCCAAGCAGGAGUGAUGAAGACGAAGGAGGGAAUUCAACAAACCAAUUUUUUAGUCCGUCAAGUAGCUAUUUUCAUGAUACUUCAGAUAUAGAUUCGAGUAGUGUUAGUACUAGACAUGAAUUUUACAGCUUAAGGUCAGCUGGAUCAAGUCCAUCGGACAGCCCCUCUAGGAUUCGUUUUACUUCCAAUAGAGUUGGGCAUUCUGUACAGCAAGAUCAAAAUGAGACUCCAAGGUCUCAGAGUGAUGGUCCCUUUGAUCAAGAAGCCUCAUAUGUUUUAAGAAGGCUUCAGAAAGGGACGAAGGAUCCAGAGACUGCUGAUGACAGUGUUGGAAAUUUGUCCUCGCAUCACAAUCAGUUAGAGAAGCAGCAAAAGCCAUUCGAUCUUAGAAAUAGUGAUCUCAUAUGGUUUCCUCCUCCACCUGAUGAAGAUGACGAGGAUGCAAAUAAUUUCUUCACAUAUGAUGAUGAGGAUGCUGAAAUUGGAGUGUCUGGUGCGAUAUUUUCUUCAAGUGCGAGCCUUACCACCAUGGAUAAAGAGCCUGUGGAUCACAGGGAACCUAUGAAAGCUGUUGUACAGGGCCAUUUCAGGGCUCUUGUCUUACAGCUAUUGCAAGGUGAAGGAAUAAAAUCGGGGAAAGAAAGCGGUGCUGAUGCCUGGGUUGACAUAGUUACAUCACUAGCAUGGCAAGCUGCAAAUUUUGUGAAGCCAGAUACUAGUGAAGGGGGCAGCAUGGAUCCUGGUUAUUAUGUAAAGGUUAAAUGUGUAGCUUCUGGAAGCCCAAGGGAGAGCACCUUUAUUAAAGGAGUAGUCUGUACGAAGAAUAUUAAACACAAGCGCAUGACUUCACACUGCAAAAAUGCUAGAUUGCUUCUGUUAGGAGGAUCACUUGAGUACGAAAGAGUUCCCAAUCAGUUGGCAUCUUUCAACACAUUGUUGCAGCAGGAAAGGGAUCAUCUGAAGAUGAUUGUUUCAAAAAUUGACGCCCACCAUCCUAAUGUGCUACUUGUGGAGAAAAGUGUAUCUUCUCAUGCUCAGGAGUAUCUACUGGAAAAAGAGAUCUCUUUGGUGUUAAAUGUUAAGCGGCCACUUCUGGAGUGGAUAGCCAGGUGCACUGGUGCUCUUAUAACCCCGUCCAUCGAUAACAUAGCCAUGGCAAGAUUGGGAUAUUGUGAGCUCUUUCAUUUAGAAAAAGUUUCUGAAGAGCAUGAACCUCCAAACCAGUUCAACAAGAAGCCAUCAAAGACUUUGAUGUUUUUUGAUGGUUGUCCGACGCGUUUAGGUUGCACGGUCUUGCUGAGGGGUCUGUGUUGUGAAGAGCUCAAGAAAGUGAAGAAUGUCUUCCAGUAUGCAGUCUUUGCGGCAUAUCAUCUGUCCCUUGAGACAUCGUUCCUUGCUGAUGAGGGUGCUAGUCUACCUAAAGUUUCCAUAAUACCUUCAAUUGUUACACCAGAGAAGACAUCUGCUGAUAAUGCUAUUUCAGUGAUUUCUCAUACUGCUUCCCCGGCUAGACAGCAGAGAGUUGAUAAUGACCCACAUAAUCAUGUAGGAUCUGCCAACUGCUAUGUGGAUGUUGGUUUACCAGUAACGUUGGUGAAGCAUCAUUACCCUCCUUUUAAAGAUCCACCCACCCUAGAUGAUUCUGGAGACAGAGAUGUUCUCUCUACUGCAUGCCUUGAAAAUUUACCAUUGUUUCAUGCGCAUGAUAUACCUGUUGAAUCUGUUGAAAUAAAAAAUCAUACCAGUCGAGGAUCACGAGUAACUUUAGGUCAAGGGGAGAGUCAACCAAGAGAAUCACCAGAGCUCUCAAAGCUUGAGAAAUCAGAUGAAUUUGAACCCUCUAAUGAAUUAUAUUCAGCUACUGACAGUCAUCAAAGCAUAUUAGUAUCAUUUUCAAGUCGAUGUAUUCUAAAUGGAAGUGUAUGUGAACGUUCUCGGCUUCUUCGCAUAAAGUUUUAUGGCUCUUUUGACAAGCCACUUGGGCGAUAUCUUCAGGAAGAUCUUUUUGGUGAGAUACCUUCCUGUCAAUCAUGCAAGGAGCCAGCUGAGGACCAUGUCAUUUGUUAUACACAUCAGCAAGGGAACCUUACUAUACAUGUUAGACGGCAGCCCUCAGUGAAGCUGCCUGGUGAGUGGGACAACAAGAUAUGGAUGUGGCAUCGAUGCCUCAAGUGUGUGCAUAUAGAAGGAGUCCCACCAGCAACUCACAGAGUAGUAAUGUCAGAUGCUGCUUGGGGACUCUCAUUUGGGAAGUUCUUGGAACUGAGUUUUUCAAACAAUGCAACUGCCAACCGUGUUGCUAGCUGUGGUCAUUCUCUCCAAAGGGACUGCCUCCGGUUUUAUGGGUGUGGAAGUAUGAUUGCAUUCUUCCGCUAUUCUCCUAUUGAAAUUCUGUCAGUUUGUCUACCCCCAUCAACUCUUGCGUUCAGUAGCUACAAAGAGCAGGAGUGGUUACGGAAAGAAACAGAUGAGCUAUUGUGCAAAGCCAAAGCCUUGUAUGCUGAGAUAUCCAGUGCUUUUCAAAGGAUUGAAGAGAAAAAUUCCUCUGUAGAACAUGAUCUAUCUGAUAAAACUGAGCUGGAUGACUGCAUCAUGGAGUUGAAAGACUUACUUAUGAAAGAAAAGAGUGAUUACCAUGACUUUCUUCAAACUGCUGAUGCAGAAACUUCAGAACGAGGUCAGGCAGCGGUUGACAUUCUUGAACUUAAUCGCUUGAGGCAUUCCCUUGUGAUUGCUUCACAUGUUUGGGAUCGUCGGCUUUUAUCUGUGGAAUCUCUCUUCCAAGAGAACUCUGGUUCAGAGGAUACUGGAUCUUGUAGUGGGAUGAUAGAUUGGAGAAAUGACAUGUUUCAGAAAAAUGACCCUCUCGAGCAUGUCUAUGAAGAGACCGAACCUGAAUUCUCAAACUUAGAUGAAUAUCCUCAGAAACCUUUUCAGUCUGAACAGGAGGAGACUCAUGGGUCACAUUGUGGGCUGGAAGACUCCAUAUUUACCUCACGUGAGUUCGAGAAAACGCAGGACAUGCAGAUGGAAGGAGAGAAUGCAGUUAAUGGAACAUCCUUGGAACGAGCUCCUUCAGCUGGUUCUGUUCUUUCUGAUCAGAUAGAUUCUGCUUGGACUGGUACUGAUCGAUCUCCCCAAAACGCUCAGUUAAAUAUGACAUUACAACGAAAUGGAUCUGAAGCUGCUCCUUUCAGGCAACUGAGUCAACUUGAUUAUCCUCCUAUUGCAAGGCUAAAAUCACCAGCAAGAGUUAACUCCUUCGACUCUGCACUGAGACUUCAAGAAAGAAUCAGGAAGGGAUUGCCGCCUUCUUCACUGCAUUUAUCAGCAAUUAGAUCUUUUCAUUCUUCUGGAGACUAUAGAAAUAUGAUCAGAGACCCUGUUUCCAGUGUUCAGAGAACUUAUUCUCAAAUGUCACCCAAUGAAGCUCAGAAAUUUAAUCUCCUAAUGAAUUCAUCACCCUCAUUUAUUUCGUAUUCAUCUCUUAUACAUGAUGGAGCCAGGUUAAUGGUUCCACACAAUGGCUUCAAUGACAUUGUAAUAGCUGUUUAUGACAAUGAACCUACUAGCAUAAUAUUGUACGCUCUUACUUCCAAAGAGUAUAAAGACCGGGUAACUGAUAAGCCAAAUAUGGCUGAAAGGGGUUGGAACACGAAUGGCAUCAGGAAGGAGAAUGGAGUGGCUUCUAAUGUUUCAAGAUGGCAGUCGUUUGGCUCUCUAGACAUGGAUUAUAUCUAUCAUGGAAGCUAUGGUUCUGAAGAUGCUUCCAGUACAAUUAGUUCCCUCUUUGCAGAUUCCAAGACUUCCCCUCACCUAAGGAUCUCUUUUGAGGACGAAUCUUCAAAUGGUGGCGGAAUGGUGAAGUUUUCUGUCACUUGUUACUUUGCUAAGCAGUUUGAUGCUCUCAGGAAGAGAUACUGUCCUGAUGAACUGGACUUUAUACGGUCUUUAAGUCGUUGUAAGAGAUGGACUGCUCAAGGCGGAAAGAGCAAUGUUUAUUUCGCUAAGUCACUGGAUGAAAGAUUCAUAAUAAAACAAGUUCAAAAAACUGAGUUAGAAUCUUUUGAAGAAUUUGGUCCCGACUACUUCAAAUAUCUAACAGAUUCUGUUAGCUCAAGAAGUCCAACUUGCCUUGCUAAAGUUCUGGGAAUAUAUCAGGUUUCAGUCAAACAUUUGAAAGGAGGCAGGGAAACAAAAAUGGAUUUGAUUGUGAUGGAGAAUCUCUUUUUUGGAAGAACAAUAUCUAAGGUCUAUGAUCUUAAGGGUUCUCUACGGUCCCGUUACAAUGCAGACAAAACUGGGGCAAACAAUGUGUUGUUGGACAUGAAUCUUUUAGAAACAUUGCGUACCAAGCCUAUGUUUCUUGGAAGCAAAGCAAAAAGAAGCCUGGAGAGAGCUGUUUGGAAUGAUACAUCCUUUUUGGCGUCGGUUGAUGUGAUGGAUUACUCUUUGCUAGUUGGAGUGGACGAAGAGCGCAAGGAGCUAGUGUUAGGGAUCAUUGAUUUCAUGAGGCAAUAUACUUGGGACAAGCACUUGGAGACAUGGGUCAAGGCAUCCGGCAUACUUGGGGGACCAAAGAAUGCAUCACCAACUAUUGUUUCUCCGAAACAAUACAAGAAAAGAUUCAGAAAAGCGAUGACAAGCUAUUUUCUCACCGUGCCUGAUCAAUGGUCAUCUUGAACAUCAUUACAUUCAUUACAAGAACUUCCUGUCAAUAAGCAAAUCAAAAAUGGUAUUUGCAAAGAAAAGCAGGAAGGGAAGUUGAUAAAUUCCAAUUGGUCCAUUAUGUUCUUUUUUUUUUUAGUGUAGUAUAGAAAAAGUCCCUUCUAGUAUCUUAUAUGUUGAAAACUCUAGCAAAAUGUACAUUUGACCAUUUGUUCAUUUACAGGCUUCAUCAAGAAAAUUGAUUAAGUUUCUUUUAUCAAACUA